UUUAUAAAAUGCAUACAUUAUUCAAAGCGUUAGUCUCUAAAAUUUAAAUUCCUUCAAUCAUAAUUUCAAUCUAUAUUGUCCAAAACUAAGAAACUUAUCCUUAAGUCAAAAAAAAAACACAUUUUUAUUAAGAAUGAAUUAUGAUAUCAGUACACUUAUACGGGGCUGUCACGGAAAUCUUUUCGGGCGUCAUUCGGUAUCAACAAUUAUGAUACUGUGACACCACCGAUAGUAACACUUUGUUUGGCUGUAGACCCUCCAUUUCUUAAGAAUGACAUUUAUAACUCUUACGGAACUCAGAUUGAAUUGAAGAAACAUUUUGUUUACCUUAGUAACCCAUCGAUAGAUUUCUUUAGAAUGUCAUUGAGAAUCAGUAUGAAUGGAUAGAAUUUUGGCUUGGAAAAGAGUUCGUUAAAAAUAAACACACCUUUCGGAACAACUAUUGAAUUUAACCCUUUGAGGAUGUCGCAAGUGAUGCAGAUGACCCGCCACGUGACCUCCUGGCUGGGCUGGACACCGGCAUCUCCGUGCGAUGGCCUGCCGGCGGAGGAGGAGGAGGAGCCGCUGCAGGAGUCGUCCGGCUUCAUCACCGUCCUGAUUCUCUACCUGGGCAUGGCCGGUCUCUUCGCGGCCCUCAAUCUCUGCACCUCCUCUGCCAAGCGGGAACUGGCAGAGUUGGAGCCACGGCAGGUGCAGGUGCGUCUGGGGCGGCACGGCAGGAGCACUACGGGGUCAUCCCUGCGGCCAUCUUGGCUGGUCAACCUCACAUCGCUAAUCUGCGAAGUGGCUGCCCCCCGGCGACCCCAUAUCCUUUUGCAGCAGCAGCAGCAGCAGCGAUUGCGAAUGCGCCUGCUCCGGCAGAAGGAACAGGAACUGGAAAUGGAGAGCGACUGGCAGGAGCACCCCACCUGGCAGGAUGUCUUCGACGAGGAGGAGCCGGUGGCAACCACUUGUUUCAUGCCAAAUCGCCAAAAGUCCACCUACUUUGACCUGCCCUCAGAUUCCGAAUAA